AUGCCUACUGGAAAACUGAAUAGAAGAACGAUACGAAUGAUGAAAAUACCAAGAUGUGGAAAAUCAGACAUAAGCAAAACUAGACGGACGAGAUCUACUAACGGUAACGUGUUAGCACACGCUUUUGAACCGGGAGAAGAUCACAUCAUUUCUGGUGACACUCAUUUUGAUGAAUCAGAACCCUGGAGUGUUUCUAAAGAUUCUGGACUCAAUCUUUUAUCUGUUGCCAUCCAUGAACUCGGACAUGCUAUUGGCUUAUCGCAUUCCUCUGACAAAAAUGACGUCAUGGCACCCUUUUUUGACAAGAUUCAUCAUGAACUUCAACUUAACGAUAAACUCAGAGCCCAAGCUAUAUACGGUUUAAAGAAGAAAAGUCAUAAUAAAAGAUAUUUAAAGCAUAUGAAGAAAAUCAUGCGUAGGAAGCACGUCCUUCGGGCACAUUAUAUGACAAAGACCCCGGAACUAUGUGGAAACAUUGAUGAUAUUAUCGUUGAUGGCAGUGGUAGGGAGUAUAUUAUCAGCAAUAAUUUAGUUGUUCCAUUAAAUCAAACUGGAAAUGGACAUACGGAUAAGAUCAAAAUCCAUUUCUUGUCUGACUUUUGUCAAGGUAUCCAGUCCCAUGUCGAUGCUGCAGUAUACGUACCAAACGAAAAGAAAUAUUAUUUUUUCAAAGAUGAUAUAUUAUGGAAAUGUGAUGUUGAUAACCCAUCUUCCGUUUCCAAGACAGAAGUGCCAUUCCAUAGGAAACAUGGACCACCAAGAGCAGCUGUAAUUAUACCAAACUGGGGUAGAAAGGACAGACUUUUCUUAUUUGGUGAGUCUUUCUAUUGGGAAUGGAGUUUUUGGAACGAUAAUGUACGAACUAGACACCGACUUCGAAUAAGCAAAUACUGGCGGGGAGUUCCGGAAGGGUCAAGUGCCAUAACAUACAAGAAUGGUUACUUGUACUUUUUCAAAAAUCUUCAUUACACAAAGGUACAUCCGACGAAACGCAGAGCACUCAAAGGAUACCCUAAAUCAGUAUCUGUAUCUUGGAUAGCAAAUGUUUGCUGGUGAACUAAUUUUGUCAAGCUUGUGUCACAGGGAC